GAUCCUUUAGGCUGAGAUGUUCGCUGCCUUACAAAUAAGACUAAUAAUGCUGGAUAAGGGCAGAUGGAUAGUGAUUAUCGACUUUCCGAGAGGUGUGGAGUGAAGAAUACGAGGACUGGAGCUUCGGCCCAGAAGUCCAAGACUGCACUGACUCUCAGCCAGGAACAGCUGGUGGUCUGUUCUUCUCUGUAUCUAGACACUGCCUGCAAUGCAUCUCAGACAGAUGUUUCUGAUGCCCACAAAGAACAUCUUCAUUCUCAAACUGAGCUUCAGCUUAGGGCUCCUGACAUAAACCGAUACAACGCAGGCUGAUUGGGCCGAUGUCAGGCAAUCCGAUUUAUGACGCCAACUGCAACCCUGGGGGAGACGAACCCUUUUGCCUUGCAGUGAAUGUCUGCGAUCUUUCAUCAUCAUCACCUCUCCAUCUCCAACUUCUCCGCAUUUGCCUCUUCCGUUGACGGCCCAUGGGUGACCCUUUCUCUGCAACUGAUGGCUUCCUCACUCUCUCAACCUCUAUCAUCCGCCCUGUAGCCCAUCUUAUCAACCAGGCAGCCGGCGCGCCUUCGCCUCGCUUCUUCCAUCUGACUUGACUUGGUUGCCUCCGACCCGACCCGCGCGUACCGUACACCUCGCUCCCCGUCAACCCGAUAGUAUCACAUGAGAUAGACCGCAUCAACUUCUUCGGGCUACCUGCUUCUAGGAUAGCCAUCCGACCUUCUCCCGCGAGCCGAACGUGUCUGUAACUCCUUACGCAGGUCUAUAUUACUGUGUUCCACUUCCCGUUCAGAGCUCAGAAUGCCACGCCUCCCGGUCGAUGCGGACGGGCAAAUGGAUGCUGAACCAAGUGAAAACAGGAAGUCCAUUUCCAUCGCUCGCGCACAUUCUAACCGAUUACCUGAACGGUUCAAGGAUGAUGGCGAUGUCCAGCUUGAUGUUACCGCUCCUCCGGGUGCCCAUUCGCGGGACGGGCAUAUGCGCUACAUGCACCACUCUAUAUUCUCUAUGAUUGCCGCAGUCGGUUCCAGGUCGGAUUUUCAUUCGCGAUUCGAGGAAUCUAGUGACAGCGAUGGCGAAACCGACGAGACGUCUGCGAAAGAAUCUCCGCCGCUCCCGGCCGCUGUCCCGCCGUCGAAACAUGGCCGGCUUGCGCAAAGUACUAUAGACGAGAGGGGACGCACGUUUCAAAGCUCGUUCCGGGAUCACAAACCUCUAUCCCAAAUCCCAUGCUACAAUAUUGGUCGUCGACGGGAGAAAUCUACCUCUCAUGCUGAGAUUCCGGAAACCAGUGCUGGGCCAUCUCGACUUGCGGCGGAUCUUAGGCGUCCCCGGAGUGCGACUCCAAGGGCUGUCCCUGUUCUCAGUAAGAUGGUGGAGGCUCAGGCCCGGUUUGACACAGAACAAUCUGCACCGGAAGGCACGCAAGGCUUGAGCCAUGAGCAGCCCAACGAAGAGCCUCAGCGGCCGUCCUCGUCUACACUAUCGACAAGACUCAUGGAAAUCUUCGAAUUUGUGAGGCCAGAAAAGGUGAUCGUCGAGUAUUCUUGUUCCUUGCUGCAGAGUAUGCUCCUACAGGGUUAUAUGUAUGUCACCGAGGGACACGUCUGCUUCUAUGCCUACCUCCCUAAGAAGUCUACUGUGGCAAUUAAAUCAGGAUAUUUGUCCAAACGCGGUCGAAAUAACCCUCGAUACAAACGCUACUGGUUUUCGUUGAAAGGUGAUGUCCUUUCAUAUUACAAGGAUUGGUCGAAACUCUACUUCCCUCAUGGCCACAUCGAUCUUCGGUAUGGGAUAUCCGCAUCUCUUGCCGAGCAGAAAGACAAGGAGAAGGAGAAGGAAGUUAAAGACUUCCAAGUGACUACGGAUCAAGACACCUAUUACUUCAGAGCAGAUAGCCCUUCGAACGCAAGAGAAUGGGUCAAAUCUCUCCAGAAAGUCAUCUUCCGAACUCACAAUGAAGGCGACAGCGUCAAAAUAUCAUUCCCGAUCGAGAACAUCAUUGACAUAGAAGAAAGCCCCAUGGUCGACUUCGCGGAGACGUUCAAAAUACGAGUCGUUGAGGCGGGUGAGACGUACGGCGUUGACGAGUACUUCUUUGCAUUCACAGACUCGAGCAAUGACGCCUACAAUUUAUUAAAAGGGUUGAUCCACGAAGGCCCAGAAAAGGUCCCAUCUCUCGAAACCGCUUCGCAGACAACUCACAGAAACAGUUCUGAACGGCAUCGUAGUGCGUCUGUAAGCAGACAGCCAAUAACAGCUGAAACAGAUCGGCAUUCAGAAAGCGAGGUCGCUGCUAUGGAGAAGAGCAUACUGGACCACUCUCCCAGGAUACGUUCGCGCCGGCCAUCAGACUCGUUUGUCAAUUCUCCUGAACGAGACAUGGAGUCUUCAGCUGUCAUACAAUCUAUAUCAGACACUCCAGAAUCUGCCAGCCAGAUUUUAAACCGCAGCGAUGUUUUCCAGUCUCCGACCAUCCACACGUUAGGAAGACGUCCCUCAGCUGGCCGUAGCUAUUCCGACAGAACCGUCCACACAGUGCCUAGACAGGUGGACGUACCAACAGCCUUGCCGGCGCACAAUGUGCUGGACACACAACACACAGUCAAUGAAUCUGAUGGGCGAGCUGCUCAGGAACCUUCAGGGCUGCAGCCCACUACGCCUACAUUGAACGAUAUGUUGAAAGCCGGUGCAUAUCCUCUGCAGCGUGCUGCCGGGUUUGCAGAAUACUUGAAAAGCCGCUCCAAACAGAUGAGUAGCCUUUUGGCAAGCGAGUCAAUGGGCUAUAUUGAAAAGGUCUCUGGCAUGUGGGCCGGUGGUCGGCAACACUACGGUGAAAGCGAGAGAAUAAUCCCAGAGGAUCGAGCCGUUGAUACUGAGGACAAGGAAACUGGAUGCAAUUAUGGCGACCGAUUCCGUGCUCACUUUGCGCUUCCAAAAACCGAGAAACUUCAGGCUACUUAUUUUGCAUAUCUCCACCGCGUGGUUCCGAUCUACGGCAAGAUAUAUAUAAGCCAGAGGAAAAUUUGCUUUCGUAACCUCCUACCGAUACCUCGUACCAAGAUGAUUCUUCCACUGAGAGAUAUCGAGAAUGUUGAGAAGGAGAAAGGGUUUAGAUUUGGCUAUAGUGGACUCGUCAUUAUUGUCCGUGGCCAUGAAGAGCUGUUUUUCGAGUUUAGAACCGCCGACUCCCGCGAUGAUUGUGCUGUCACACUACACCAACAUCUCGAAUCUGUGAAGUAUCUAGUAGAAUCCGGCCUGCUUCUCAAACAGGAGAAAGAAGAGGCAGAGGAAGCAAGAGCAGAGCAUUCUAUGCUGCAAGAGGCCCGUAAUGAUGCUUCCGCUGAACAAGAAUCACCCACCGCGUCUAACGACGAGUCAGAAAUGCAUUCCAUUUUUGACGAUCCUCAUGCGUCUAUCGUCAACUUCAAGCCGUCCGAGUCGCUAAGGAUUACCUGCUUAACGAUCGGGUCCCGCGGAGAUGUGCAGCCGUACAUUGCCUUAUGCAAGGGCUUACUCGCUGAAGGCCACCGGCCGAAGAUCGCAACCCAUAGGGAAUUUGAGCCUUGGGUGAGAAAGCAUGGUAUUGAUUUUGCUCCGGUUGAGGGCGACCCAGCAGAACUUAUGCGAAUCUGCGUGGAGAAUGGGAUGUUUACAUACUCAUUCCUGAAAGAAGCGUCGCAGAAAUUCCGCGGUUGGAUAGAUCAGCUUCUGUCUUCCGCGUGGGCAAGCUGUCAAGACACCGAUGUUCUCAUCGAGUCACCAAGCGCGAUGGCUGGAAUCCAUAUCGCCGAGGCCCUUAGGAUUCCUUAUCUUCGUGCAUUCACGAUGCCCUGGACGAGAACGCGGGCGUAUCCGCACGCGUUUGCGGUCCCGGAGCACAAGAUGGGGGGCGCGUACAACUACCUCACGUACGUCAUGUUCGACAAUGUCUUCUGGAAGGCCAUAGCAGGGCAAAUAAAUAGAUGGCGGAAGAAGGAGCUUGGGUUGAAGGCGACAAAUUUGAAUAAAAUGCAACAGAACCAAGUCCCGUUUCUCUACAAUUACUCUCCUACAGUCGUUCCUCCGCCUCUUGAUUACCCUGAUUUCAUUCAUGUUACUGGAUACUGGUUUCUCAGAGAGGCGUCAGAUUGGACGCCACCACCGGGGUUGUUGGACUUCAUUCAACGUGCCCGAACUGACGGCAAGAAGAUUGUAUAUAUCGGCUUUGGGUCGAUCGUUGUCUCGGAUCCAACUGCACUUACGGAGACAGUAGUCCAAUCUGUCCUGAAAGCAGAUGUUCGCUGUAUCCUAUCGAAGGGCUGGUCAGAUCGCUUGGGUGAUCCCUCUAGUGCCAAAUCAGAGAUCCCUCUACCGCCUGAAAUUUUCCAGAUUCAGUCUGCACCUCACGACUGGCUAUUUAGACAAGUCGAUGCCGCAGCCCAUCACGGCGGGGCUGGGACGACUGGAGCUAGUUUACAGGCGGGAAUACCGACGAUUAUCAAGCCUUUUUUUGGUGACCAGUUCUUCUUUGGAUCUCGAGUUGAGGACUUGGGCGUUGGGAUUUGCAUGAAGAAGCUGAAUGUCACGGUCUUCUCGCGAGCAUUAUGGGAAGCCACCUGUUCAGAGCGAAUUAUUACGAAGGCUCGACAGUUGGGUGAGCAGAUUCGCCGUGUAAGUAGUGGUGCCAAAGUCGCCUUAUCUUUCCUUUUCUUUCUCCGUUGGCCAGUUCGCUUUUUAUCAAUAUCAACUAACAUACGUCUACAGGAAGAUGGUAUUGGAAAUGCAAUUCAGGCUAUUUACCGAGAUCUUGAAUAUGCUCAGACUCUUUCCUAUCGACGUUCACUCGCAUCAUCCACGCCUUUCUCACCAACACCUUCCCCCAAGGGUGGCGCCAAGAACGAUGAAGAGUCUACAGUUGAGGACGACCUAGACGACACGGAGUGGACAUUGGUGGACGAAGAUCUCGGUAAUAAUAACAAUUUGUCAAAGGUAGUACGAGAAGGAGCAGUUUCUAACGCGGGGAUGCCAGCGGAGCGAGUCCGCUCUAAAGGACCUUCUGGGGAACAUAGAAGCAGUCCAUAACAGCAGCUUUACUUGUGCAUUGCGAUAUCGGGUUGAUUAUUCCUUCGUUAAAUUUUUCCUUCGUGAUGACCAGUUCGAUAUUUGCACUAUUUCCACUAUGAUCAUUACUAAUGGUUUGAUGACUUACGUAUCAUCCUUUCUCAUCGGACUCGAUAUGCUUCAGAUUGUUUGACGGGAAUCAUUUGUUAAGUUCUAUACCAGGGCUGUGGGGCUUGGAUGUUAUUACGCGCGCGGAUACAUGUAUAGGCGCAGAUAGAACUUGGAAUGGAGGCAUUUUUACCCACGAGUACAGUAUUAGAAUCGAAGAAAGGACACUUAGUGUACU